CCACCACAUUAGUAUCAUGCUCCUCAAAACCACAAGAAUUUAAGCUACAUUGUAGUUAUAUUUUGGGAUGGCCUCCCUUUGGAGCUUUUCCAUUCCUACAAAUGCCAUACCAAUCGGUGCUGGCGUUCUCCGGCUCUCACGGAAAGCUUGUUCAAGGUUUAUAUGCUCCUCAUCACGUGCCACCAGCUCCUUGGUCCAACACCACAACAAUUCCUUCCUCAAAUCCACCUCUCCCCGUCAUGUGGUUUUACCAUGUGAAGAUGAUUAUCAACACUGUGGUCAAAGGAUAGAAGAACUACAGGAGAGAACUUCAAAGGCAUUGAGAAGAGGCGUUGAUGAUCAUCCAACGACUAAGAUGAAGCUCAUAGACACACUUCAACGGUUGGGAAUCGCGUACCAUUUUGAAGAAGAUAUGAAUGUGUCAUUGCAAAAGUUAUCAGAUUGGAAAGCCAACGGUGAAGAUGAUCUCUAUGCUACUGCACUGCGUUUCAGGCUGGUUAGGCACAAUGGAUGGCCUGUUUGCUCUGACAUAUUUAAGGUGUUCAUGGACGAAACUGGGGAAUUCAAGGAAUCCUUAAGGGACGACAUGUGGGGUAUGCUGAGUCUAUAUGAGGCCUCCUACUUAGGUGCAGAAGGGGAAGAUAUAUUAACACAGGCCAUGAAAUUCACAACAACUCAUCUUCGGCAGUCAAUGCCCCGUAUGACACCCCAAUUUAGCAGAUCCAUUGCUCAGGCUUUGGAGCUUCCAAGGCAUUUUAGGAUGUCAAGGCUAGAAACCAGAAAUUAUAUUGACGAAUAUAGCAGCGAAAGCAACCCGAACAUGGCUCUUCUGGAACUAGCAAAACUAGAUUUCAACAUGGUUCAAUCAAUCCACCAAACUGAGUUGGCUGAGAUUACCAGGUGGUGGAAAGAGUUGGGACUGGUUGAUAAGCUUAGUUUUGCUCGAGAUCGACCAUUAGAAUGCUACCUAUGGACUGUGGGAAUAUUUCCAGAACCAUGUCACUCGAGCUGCCGAAUCGAACUAGCCAAAACCAUUGCAAUUUUAUUGGUUAUUGAUGAUAUAUUCGACUCUUAUGGCUCAUUCAGUGAUCUUGUUCUCUUCACCAAUGCAAUUAAGAGAUGGGAUCUUUGUGCAAUGGAACACCUUCCUCAAUACAUGAAGAUAUGUUAUAUGGCACUAUACAAUACUACCAAUGAUAUUGGCUACAGGGUCCUCAAAGAACACGGAUGCAGUAUUGUUCCACAUCUGAAAAGGACGUGGAUAGACAUGUUUGAAGCCUUUCUAGUCGAAGCCGAAUGGUGUAACAGUGGAUAUGUACCUACGGUUGAGGAAUAUUUGGCGAAUGGGGUCACCACUGCAGGGACAUACAUGGCAUUGGUGCAUUCUUUCUUUCUAAUGGGGCACGGUGUCACAGAGGAAACUAUUAAGAUGAUGGAGCCAUAUCCCAAGCUCUUUUCCGGCACAGGAAGGAUUCUUCGGCUUUGGGACGAUUUGGGAACAGCCAAAGAGGAGCAAGAAAGAGGAGAUGUUGCGUCGAGCAUAGAGUGCUACAUGAGAGAGUCCAACAUUUCGUCGAAUGGUGAAGCAAGAAAACAUAUAAGGCAACUCAUUCACGGCUUAUGGAAAGAGAUCAACGGGGAGCUGUUAGCUCCAGAAGCAUUGCCCUUACCGAUGAUCCGAGCUUCUUUGAACCUCUCAAGAACUGCUCAAGUAAUUUUUCAGCAUGGAGAUGACAACAAGGGAUUUAGUGUCGAUCAUCAUGUGCAGUCUUUGUUCUUUAGACCCAUUAUUUCUUGAACCGGGUUCAUAUGUAUUGCUAGUAUUUUUUUUCUUACUGUUACAUCUAUAGAAUGUCGAUUCCUUCUAAGAGCUUGGAAAAAAGUCUUUGAAAAUUGACACAAUGAAAAGAACUUUAGAUGGUUUUUGA